ACUAAUGAGGGUUAUUCUCAUGUUACGCAGAACGUUUGAGCUUCAGCAAGAACCAAUAAGGUUCAUUCUCGUGUUACGCAGAACGUUUGAGCUUCAGCAAGAACCAAUGAGGUUCAUUCUCGUGUUACGCAGCACAUUUGAGCUUCAGCAAGAACCAAUGAGGUUCAUUCUCGUGUUACGCAGCACAUUUCAGCUUCCGCAAGAACCAAUGAGGUUCAUUCUCGUGUUACGCAGCACAUUUCAGCUUCCGCAAGAACCAAUGAGGUUCAUUCUCGUGUUACGCAGCACGUUUGAUCUUCAGCAAGAACCAAUGAGGUUCAUUCUCGUGUUACGCAGAAAGUUUGAGCUUCAGCAAGAACCAAUGAGGUUCAUUCUCAUGUUACGCAGAAAGUUUGAGCUUCAGCAAGAACCAAUGAGGUUCAUUCUCGUGUUACGCAGCACGUUUGAGCUUCAGCAAGAACCAAUGAGGUUCAUUCUCGUGUUACGCAGCACGUUUGAUCUUCAGCAAGAACCAAUGAGGUUCAUUCUCGUGUUACGCAGCACGUUUGAGCUUCAGCAAGAACCAAUGAGGUUCAUUCUCGUGUUACGCAGCACGUUUGAUCUUCAGCAAGAACCAAUGAGGUUCAUUCUCGUGUUACGCAGCACGUUUGAUCUUCAGCAAGAACCAAUGAGGUUCAUUCUCGCGUUACGCAGAACGUUUGAGCUUCAGCAAGAACCAAUGAGGUUCAUUCUCGUGUUACGCAGCACGUUUGAUCUUCAGCAAGAACCAAUGAGGUUCAUUCUCGUGUUACGCAGAAAGUUUGAGCUUCAGCAAGAACCAAUGAGGUUCAUUCUCAUGUUACGCAGAAAGUUUGAGCUUCAGCAAGAACCAAUGAGGUUCAUUCUCGUGUUACGCAGAAAGUUUGAGCUUCAGCAAGAACCAAUGAGGUUCAUUCUCGUGUUACGCAGAAAGUUUGAGCUUCAGCAAGAACCAAUGAGGUUCAUUCUCGUGUUACGCAGAAAGUUUGAGCUUCAGCAAGAACCAAUGAGGUUCAUUCUCGUGUUACGCAGCACGUUUGAUCUUCAGCAAGAACCAAUGAGGUUCAUUCUCGUGUUACGCAGCACGUUUGAGCUUCAGCAAGAACCAAUGAGGUUCAUUCUCGUGUUACGCAGAAAGUUUGAUCUUCAGCAAGAACCAAUGAGGUUCAUUCUCGCGUUACGCAGAACGUUUGAGCUUCAGCAAGAACCAAUGAGGUUCAUUCUCGUGUUACGCAGAAAGUUUGAGCUUCAGCAAGAACCAAUGAGGUUCAUUCUCGUGUUACGCAGAAAGUUGGAGCUUCAGCAAGAACCAAUGAGGUUCAUUCUCGUGUUACGCAGAAAGUUUGAGCUUCAGCAAGAACCAAUGAGGUUCAUUCUCGUGUUACGCAGCACGUUUGAUCUUCAGCAAGAACCAAUGAGGUUCAUUCUCGUGUUACGCAGAAAGUUUGAGCUUCAGCAAGAACCAAUGAGGUUCAUUCUCGUGUUACGCAGCACGUUUGAUCUUCAGCAAGAACCAAUGAGGUUCAUUCUCGUGUUACGCAGCACGUUUGAGCUUCAGCAAGAACCAAUGAGGUUCAUUCUCGUGUUACGCAGAAAGUUUGAGCUUCAGCAAGAACCAAUGAGGUUCAUUCUCGUGUUACGCAGAAAGUUUGAGCUUCAGCAAGAACCAAUGAGGUUCAUUCUCAUGUUACGCAGAAAGUUUGAGCUUCAGCAAGAACCAAUGAGGUUCAUUCUCGUGUUACGCAGAAAGUUUGAGCUUCAGCAAGAACCAAUGAGGUUCAUUCUCAUGUUACGCAGAAAGUUUGAGCUUCAGCAAGAACCAAUGAGGUUCAUUCUCGUGUUACGCAGAAAGUUUGAGCUUCAGCAAGAACCAAUGAGGUUCAUUCUCGCGUUACGCAGAACGUUUGAGCUUCAGCAAGAACCAAUGAGGUUCAUUCUCAUGUUACGCAGCACGUUUGAUCUUCAGCAAGAACCAAUGAGGUUCAUUCUCGUGUUUCGCAGAAAGUUUGAGCUUCAGCAAGAACCAAUGAGGUUCAUUCUCGUGUUACGCAGAAAGUUUGAGCUUCAGCAAGAACCAAUGAGGUUCAUUCUCGUGUUACGCAGAAAGUUUGAGCUUCAGCAAGAACCAAUGAGGUUCAUUCUCGUGUUACGCAGAAAGUUUGAGCUUCAGCAAGAACCAAUGAGGUUCAUUCUCAUGUUACGCAGAAAGUUUGAGCUUCAGCAAGAACCAAUGAGGUUCAUUCUCGCGUUACGCAGAACGUUUGAGCUUCAGCAAGAACCAAUGAGGUUCAUUCUCAUGUUACGCAGCACGUUUGAUCUUCAGCAAGAACCAAUGAGGUUCAUUCUCGUGUUACGCAGAAAGUUUGAGCUUCAGCAAGAACCAAUGAGGUUCAUUCUCGUGUUACGCAGAAAGUUUGAGCUUCAGCAAGAACCAAUGAGGUUCAUUCUCGUGUUACGCAGAAAGUUUGAGCUUCAGCAAGAACCAAUGAGGUUCAUUCUCAUGUUACGCAGAAAGUUUGAGCUUCAGCAAGAACCAAUGAGGUUCAUUCUCGCGUUACGCAGAACGUUUGAGCUUCAGCAAGAACCAAUGAGGUUUGUUCUUUGACAUCAAGCAGGUUUGGUUGAGCUUCCGUUUAAGUUUGCUGAUCAAUGUUUAUAUGUGAAUAAAAACCUAAAUUCAAUCUGUUCAUCAUAUAAAGCGAUCGUGUCUC